UCCUGAAGAGGAGUCCCGACCUCACCAAGUCCCCGCUGACCAAGUCGGAGCAGCUCCUGAGGAUUGACGACCAUGACUUCAGCAUGAGGCCUGGUUUCGGAGGUCCAGCUGUUCCCGUGGGUGUGGACGUGCAAGUGGAGAGCCUGGACAGCAUCUCAGAGGUGGACAUGGACUUCACCAUGACACUGUACCUGCGGCACUACUGGAAGGACGAGCGGCUGGCCUUCCCCAGCUCCAGCAACCUCAGCAUGACCUUCGACGGGCGGCUGGUGAAGAAGAUCUGGGUGCCCGACAUGUUCUUCGUGCACUCCAAGCGCUCCUUCAUCCACGACACCACCACGGACAAUGUGAUGUUGAGGGUGCAGCCCGACGGGACGGUGCUCUACAGCCUAAGGGUCACAGUGACUGCCAUGUGCAAUAUGGACUUCAGCAGGUUUCCCCUGGACACGCAAACCUGUUCGCUGGAAAUCGAAAGCUAUGCCUACACCGAAGACGACCUCAUGCUGUACUGGAAGAAGGGCAACGACUCCUUAAAGACGGACGAGCGGAUCUCCCUGUCCCAGUUCCUCAUUCAGAAAUUCCACACCACCACCAAGCUGGCCUUCUACAGCAGUACAGGCUGGUACAACCGUCUGUACAUUAACUUCACGUUGCGUCGUCACAUCUUCUUCUUCUUGCUCCAAACCUACUUCCCUGCCACCCUGAUGGUCAUGCUGUCCUGGGUGUCCUUCUGGAUCGACCGCCGAGCUGUGCCCGCCAGAGUGCCCUUAGGUAUCACCACGGUGCUGACCAUGUCCACCAUCAUCACGGGCGUGAACGCCUCCAUGCCCCGCGUCUCCUACAUCAAGGCGGUGGACAUCUACCUGUGGGUCAGCUUCGUGUUCGUGUUCCUCUCGGUGCUGGAGUAUGCGGCCGUCAACUACCUGACCACGGUGCAGGAGCGCAAAGAGCGGAAGCGUCCAGACAAGCUGCCCUGUGCCUGCGGGCUCCCUCAAGCAAAGCCCGUCAUGCUGGAUGGCGGCUACAGCAACGGGGAGGUGGACGACCUGGGCAGCUUCGUGCCAGAGCCUGGGGAAAAGCCUGACAGGAUGAUGGUGCCGCCAACUCUGGCCUCGGAGAGGAAAAGUCCGAGGAACAAUUAUGUGAGCAUGAGGAUCGACACCCACGCCAUCGAUAAGUACUCCCGGAUCAUCUUUCCAGCUGCGUACAUUUUAUUUAAUUUAAUAUACUGGUCUAUUUUCUCCUAGGGGCCCUGGAGUCCACACAUUCCACACUCUUAGGUUGUAUGUAUGUUAUAGAGACACCUGUCUGAUGGAAAACAAUGUAAGGUUAUGAUGGGGAGAAGUGAAAACUAUCCACCCUGCUCCAGCCUUCCAAGCCACUGUUGGGACACUUCCAAUUUUAGUCAACUAUCGCAUAUGCAGCAGUAUGCUUGAUGCUUUAGGGAAAUAAUGCCAAUAAGCCUGCAUCCUGAUGGGGAGGGGGUGCCCCUGGAUUAAGCACACAGCCAGUGUUGGCACACACUGGGUUGAACCUCUCUUAGACCCUAAAAGCUAGAUCACAUGAAUCCUCCAAUGUGUGAACCUCCUCCUGGCCUCUGGGCUAGGUGGGAAUUGGUAGGUAUUUCAUUUCCAAGGAACAUCCAUGCUUGUCAAAUUCUCCACACACACCCCCAUCCACACACAUACCCUUUUUUUCACUGAACCUCCACAAGAUACACAAGUGCAAAGUUGUUCAUGGUUGUUUCAGUCAUACAGUGUUCCAACACCCGUCCCUUCACCAGUGAACAUUUCCUACCAUCAAUGUCCCCAGUUCUCUUUUUUGUUUUGCUUUGUUUUGGUGCCACACCUGGCUUUGUGCUCAGGGUUCACUCCUGCUGGUGAUCAGGGGACCAUAUAGGAUGCCAGGGACUG